UUUUGAGAGAAAUGACUUUGUGCUAUAAGGGUUGAAAUUACCCUUAGACAUUCAGCAUUGGUAUCUUACAAAUAUUGAAUGUGUCCGUGUUUUUAAUAAGACGCAAUAGUGAAUUGGAUGUCAUACACCAUACUAAAGACAUAAGUGAAUCAUACAUAUGCUUUGGUGUAUUGGAUGUAUAGGAAAAUAACGUCUCGUGUCUAUUCUGUCGAGUAACAUGGCGUCUUCUUCUUCCAAUUAUCAAACAACAAAAGAAACAACAAAUGCUUCUCGUGUGUUACAUUUACUGUUUGGUCCGUGUACCGACCAGUUCCGGGAUUUACUGGCUCACCACAUUCCUCCCCACAUUCUGUUUGGAAAACUACAGCAAGAAAGACAGAAAAGAAAACCGUAUCUAAAUAAACUAUCCAUCAUGCAAACUGAUUUGUUACUCCCAAAAUCUGGAGUUUACAGUCCAAACUAUGUUGAUUUUGACGUCACACUCCUUUAUACCUUGUUACGUAAUCUCUCCGGUUUACCGCCCCAUAAGAAUGGAUGGGGCAAAGACCCGGAUCCCAACGACUUUUCUGAGGCAGCAAAUAUCGAACGGAUAAGAAUACUUAGAAAUAAGUUUAGUCAUAAUUUUUCAAUGUCAAUAUCAGAUGUUGAUUUUCAAGAUAUCUGGACCAAUAUGAAGCGAGUUAUUCAAGACAUAGAUAACAUUUUAUCAAAUGGAGGAAAAUAUGGAAGAGCAAUGGUCCCAUUAGAAUACAUGACGAUGGAUCCAAAUGAGACUAACCGUUUGAAAAAAGAACUUAAGAGAAAAAACCAGGAAGAGAUACAGUGUAAAAAAGAAAUAAAGAAAUUUAAACGUGAUCUUAGAAAGAUGAAAACUGCAGUACAAGAAAUUCAGACUAGCUCAAAUAUUCCGGAGAAUAUUCAAAAACAACAUAAAAAGACUCUUGACAAUUGGAGAAAAGAAGACGAAAAAUACGUUGAACCUCAUUUCUUCCAGAAUUUGAUGCAAACUAUCAGUGAAAGUGAUAUCACUAUAUUAACUGGAGGGCCAGGAUGUGGUAAAACAGCAACCUCUCGCCAUAUUGCAAUCAAAUAUCUAGAUUUAGAUUUCACAGUAAUUCCUGUACGUUGUCCAGGGGAUAUUAUAUCCUACGGGGAUCCUGAAUUAGGACAGAUUUUUGUCCUUGAUAACAUUUUCGGGGCUAUUUGUUUUGAAGAACAGCUCUACAAUGAAUUCCGACGAAACUUUGAAUCGAUUCAAAAUAUACUUGAUAAAAAGUCAAAAUUGUUGAUAACAUGUCGGAAAAAUGUUCUCAUUGAGGCUAAUCAGUUGAAAUAUCAGAGAAUUUUACCGAAAACUGUAUUUGAUCUUGGGAACGAUGAAAAUGAAUUAACGAAAGAUGACAAGUUAUCUAUUUUGUCCGCAUAUUUCAAUGCCACUGAUUUCUCUGGACUAGAAUUGCAAGAUUAUGUCACAGAAAAUUGUAUGCUUCCUAUGUUUCCAUUGCUUUGUAAAAUGUUUUCAGCGAAUGCAGACUUCAGAAACAAGGGUACUUGUUUUUUUAAAGAACCAUACCCGAUUAUUUUUGAUCAUUUGGAAGAAAUGGAAAAGGAAAAUCGAUUGUGCUAUGCAGCUCUAGUUUUUUGCAUGUUGAACGCUGGACGUAUUUCUGAAAAUGCCUUGGAAAAUGAAAGGGUCCUUAAAGAAAAUGUUUUUAAAUUUUGUAGAGUAAAAAAUGGGACAGAUAAUUGGGAGAUAAUGAAUGCUGUAGUACAGAUAGAUGGAACAUAUCUGAAAGAAAGCGAGGGUGGAUUUUCAUUUUUGCAUGAUUUGAUAUUUGAAAUUGUUGCUUGUUACUUCGGAAAAAAAUUCCCAAGAGAAAUCAUCAACAAUUUGUCCAGUGAAUUUAUUUCACGAAGACUAACCUUAGAGAAUGAAACAGAGGGAGACAUUCUAACCAUUAAAAUCCCAGAGUGUGAUUAUAUUACACUAGCCAAUAGACUGUAUAGAGAUACAAAAGACCUCAAACUUUAUAACGUGUUUGGUUCAGAGUUUCUCCACAAUGCAAAAAUGUGCAACUACUUUCUUUUGGCACUGACAGAUGAUAAAGAAGUAAAUGUUCAAGACAUGUUUUUGUCUCCUAUAUCAGAUUUCAAAGAUUCCCAAGCUGUGUCUUUUCCAUGUCGCAAAAAUCUGGAUGCAGAGGAAUUCGCCAAAUUACCUUUGUCUAUUUUAAUAGAGGAUCCCUCUGAUAUUUUUAUUGAAUUAGAUGAGGAAGAUAUUCAUGAUGAUUCUUAUGCAUUCCUUUUCCCAAGGAAUUGUCGAAUUCGAUUGAUUAGCUGGGUCGUUGGUUAUGGGCACGAAGCAAUUUUACGAUACCUACAUGACAAAAUGUCUUUGAAUAAUACAGAUAUAGGGGCUGUGUUUGGUACUGAAGUUGAAAGCCAACUAAGAUAUCUUCUCCUAGGUUGUUAUUCAAGGAAUGCUUACAUUGUUGGGUUUAUUUUAAAUCAUACAAACCCUGCCUGUAUAAACCGGUAUCCAUGCCUGAAAGAGAAAGACAGUGAUGGAAUAAGCUUUUAUACGCCAUUUACCCCGUUGAUACUUUCUGUCUUGCUGAAGAGUGUUGAUAUAGUUGACAUCCUAUUAAAAGCUGGGGCCGAUGUGAAUGUGUGCGAUGCAAAUGGGAACACUCCAUUGGAUUUUGCGAUAUACACAUCCGAAAUAAAUACCAUUAAGACGCUUAUAGAAGCUGGAACUGAUCUGAAUAGAUGUGAAAAUGGGACACCUCCUCUUGUCUUUGCAGCAAAGUUGAAUAAUACUGACGCUGUAAAAUCUCUCUUGACAAAUGGAGCUCAUUGCAAUUAUCGUACGGAAGAUGGAACAACAGCACUGUAUUUUGCAUCAAAAAACGGGAAUAUAGACAUGGUUAAAACUUUAUUCGAGUUCGGGGCUGAUUAUUCAAUCUAUAAGAACAAAGACAAAUCUCCUUUUUGUAUCGCUACAGCUGAAGGUCAUCUUUUUGUUCUUGAGUUUCUCCUUGAAAAGGGUGCAAAUUGUAAUUUCGUAGAUGAAUGUAGUAGGACUCCAAUAAUUCUUGCAUCAGAAAGAGGGUUUCUAGAAAUUGUUUUGUUCCUGCUGAACAAAGGGGCCGAUUGCAAUAAAUGCACUGAUUUUGACGAAUCUCCCUUAUUUGCAGCUGUUCGUUAUGGACACUCAGAGAUAGUGAGUCUUUUGAUUGACAAGGGAGCAGAUGUAAAUGUAAGCUGUAGGUCUAUGUUCAAUUAUGCAAAAAAAUCAACCCCUCUUCACGAAGCAGUAAAGUUAAAUGAUAGUAUAGGAAUCAAUUUACUCCAGAGAAAAUACCUUGAAUAUAGACUAGAAAAUGACGAAAACAUGACCCCUCUGGAAAUGAGCCUUUGGAUGGGAUUUAAAGAAAUCACGAAUCUUUUGAUAAAAGGUGAAAAUUGUCUUUUACAAGGAAAGGGAAAUGAGCAUUUAUACGAAAUAAUAACGAAAUUGCGAUCGUCAGUUUUAUUUCUUAACAAUGGGGAUGACGUAGAAGUAAAAAGUACAAAAACUUUAUAUUGUCGUGAAAGCUCACUGGUCCAUGAAGUGAUCUCAAACGAUGAAUAUGGAUCAUUAAGUCAUCUACUCUCUUUAGGACUCAGAACAGAUAGAAAUAUCGUCUUAUAUGAAAAAUUCAAUCCUCUUUGCGGCGCGCUUAUAGCCUGUUUCAAUAAUGAUCACGGGGAUUUAAUGUCAAACUUUAUAAUUGAAAACUGCAUCGAUAACGACAAUAUCCAGCUUCUGAAAUUGAUUUUAGACCACAUGUUUAAGAGAGGAAUGCACAAGAAACCUGACUUGAAACCAUUUAUAUUGGAAAAUGAAGAUUUCUUAGAGAGAACUGAACCUGAUUUCGCUAUUCUUGGUACUGGUCGAGUUCACUGCAAAGGCUUAUUUGCCCAUCAAAUUGGGUACAUUAUGGACAAUUCAAACUCCAUUUUACAUGCUUUAUUGAGGCAUAUAUCUACAUUGAAAUAUAGAAUUUUCGACGAUUGUUAUCCUGAAUCAUUUCUAUAUGAACAUGAGGAUUAUAUAUUUAUUUCCAAUGCUCUAGCGUACCUUAAAACAAAAAUGAGACGACACUCUAUCUAAACAUUAUUAUGAGUAACAUGAACAUUAAACACCUGCAACACUGUUAUUCUUAUUGGUCAUCUAAGAAGGCAAAAACAUAGUUUAUGUAUUUUUUUGUGUUGGUUUUAUUCAAUAUUCAAAAAUAAUAUUAUCCAUAUGAAUGUACAUACUAUAAAUAUGCAUAUUAAAGCCAGACAGAGUGUUAUUCUUUUUUUAUUCAACUAACUCUGAGGUUGGACAAUGUUCUUUUCCACACAUAGGAGUUGUUCUUUUAUUGCCGAUGCAUGUGAAAUACUAUAACUAGCUAUUUUUUAGUAACGAAUCAUAAAACUGAUCCCUUAACUUUAUUAGA